AUGCACAUCCAUUGCUCGCUGAAUUCUACUGUGUUCGAGGCUUUAUCUGAAACACUCGAAUUUCCGAACAAGAGUUGGAAGCAAUGGUGGUACAAAACUGGCCCAAUCCUAGCCAAGCUUAUGAUAUCGUCAGAUUAUAGCAUCGAGCAGCAACACCAGUAUCUUGAGUUCUACGCCCGUGUGGUCGCCCCUUUCCUAGGGCCCUAUCCACAAGUUGUUCGAAGUACUCUCACCCGAAGUGGUCUUCCUGUGGAGUUCAGUGUCAACUACCAGCAGCAUAGAAAGCAACCAACUGUUCGCAUAGCUUUUGAGCCCCUCAGCGGAGCGCGAGGUACCGAGACCGUUGCCUACGAUCGAGAUAUAGCAAAGGAGUUUCUCUCGACACUGUCGGAACUGAAUAUCAAAGGGUUCGACUCGCGAUCGUGGGAUACAGUCUCUCAAAACAUACAUAUUGAUGCGACCGAAAAAGCCCUGCUACAAGAGAGCAAGAUCGAUGACACAUAUGUGAGAACGCAAACGCUGUUCGGUUUCGACCUUGUGAGAGAUGGCCCUAUAUCGGUAAAAGCUUAUGCCUUUCCGGGGUUGAAAUGCAAAAUAUCUGGAUAUUCCUCACGGGAAUUAUUGGCCAACACCGUUAAAGACCUACAGAGAGAGGUAGACUGCUCUGAGGUGUUUUCAAUGGUGGACCGUUACUUGCAAGAGUCUAACUCGUAUAACCCGUACACUUUCUUCUCGUGGGACUGCAUCGAGCCGUCAAAAUGUCGCCUCAAAAUCUAUACGUGCUCAGCUAGUAUGACGCGGGCGAAACUUGAAGAAGUCUGGUCCCUGGGCUCUCAGCUGCAGAGCCCAUCUGUGGACAAGGGGCUGCGGUAUCUCUUGAAACUAUUUGACCAUAUUCAGAUCCCUGAUGGAGAGCUUGAGAUCAAAGUAGAACAUGAUGAUCGAAGCAACACCUCCAAGACUACUCCGUUGAUGUGGAAUUACGAGAUGCGAGGCGGAGAUCCAUCGCCGUUGACCAAGAUCUACUUGCCUGUGCAUGGUGAGAAUGACCUAAAGAUAGCUACCGGGAUUACACAUUUCAUGGAGGAAAUCGGAAUGGUUGAUAUGGGCACAUCAUAUUUGGAUGCUAUUCAGUCUUACUUACCCAGUGUCUUAGGGCUAGCCGGGAACGUUCGGAAGAGAUCCGCAUCGUCCCAGCGGAAGAACUCCGUUUAUAUUUUCACGACUUCGAAGAGUCGAUCGAUCCUUAUUCUUUCAACUCCCCUCCGAUCAUUGGCUGGAUAUACUCACUACUAUACAUAUCUUAAUAUCCUCGCUGCCAUGGACUCGCCGAGGAGGAAUCGGAACCGCGCCGCCUGCCGCCGCUGUCAACGACGGAAGAUCCGCUGCGAUGGGCAGACUCCUCGCUGUGGGUCAUGUCAGAAGGCUAAAACUCCUUGUAUCAAUGAUGGCAAGCAACUUGUUCAGCGCUCGUAUAUCGCGAGCAUGGAGAAACGAAUACAAUGGCUGGAAUCACUAGUAAAAGAAAAUUGUCCAAACGCAGACUUGGAUGAACAGUCCAGAGACAACCUUGCCCAGGAGGAAGAGCCAAUCCUGAUAGAGGACCACGAGGAAACGACUAUCCUUAGCCCUCAGAGAGAGCUUGCCCCAAGCGAGGAACAGGGCUCAGGGCAAAGCAGGCAGAAAUAUCAAAGUGGGACACAUCAUCCAUUGCGCUCUCUUUCUCGGAUGGAGUCUCGACAAGCCCAUGAGAUAGGACUUGUCUCGCUCUCACCCGGAGGCGAACCCCGCUAUAUUGGACCUUCAAGCGGAUAUUUCUUUGCAAACCUCGUAUUCUCUAGUGCCGGUCGGCAUCAGAAGCGACGUAACGCUGCCAAUGAUUCUAUGGGUUCAUUAUCAGGAGAGUCGACCGCUCUCGCGGCAGAGAUUCUUCAUACACCCGCUUCUUUGCCCCCGCGACGGGAAACUGCUGUCGAAUUAUCAGCUAAAUACUUUGAAAGCAUUCACGUCAUGUAUCCCUUUUUGCAUCAGCCGUCGCACAUGAUCUAUAUAGAUCAAAUGUACUCGUCAGAAGAGGUCAGCCCAGUAGUGGCCUGUCAGGUGUACAUGGUUAUGGCUAUUGCUGCCACUGAUCUCUCACGGAGGUCAAAAGUGCGUCUGCCUGCUGAAGGAUAUUAUGCGACAGCAAUGCAGCAUUUUAGUAAGAUGUCUCCUGAUGGAACCUUGGGCGGAUUGCAGUCAUUGCUAUUGCUCAUGGUGUAUGGAUUCCACAACCCAUCUUGCGGAAUCAAUAUAUGGAACCUGAAUUACCAGUGCCUGGCUUCUCUUAUCGAUCUAGGGCUACAGCGGGACAUACGAAACACACCAUCUCUGAAAAUCUCUCUAUUGGAGCAGGAAAUGAGAACCCGGGUUUUCUGGGUGGUGUAUACGUUUGACCGGACGAUAGGGACCAUGAUGGGGCGACCGGUGGGUAUCCGGGAUGAAGCGUGCGAUCUGCGUCUUCCUAUGGACAUCUCGGACCUUGAGCUGAUGGGGCCUGAUGCCCAAGAAAGAUCCCCUGAACAGCCACCUUCUCAUAUGUCCUUUGGCAUACACUUAUUCAAAGCCGCCAGACUAAACUCAGAAAUCAAGUACGUCAUGCAUAGUAUAUCACGAGAGCCACCAGCCUACGCCUACCCACCCAUUCGAGACAUAUUCGUUUGGCAAAGGGAGAUGCUAGAGCGUCUGCAAACCUGGAAGGCCGAGACACCACAUACUGAUAAUAUCAACAACAUGAGCGCCAAGCUCUGCGAAAUCAAAUAUCAUGAGAUGAUGAUACUAGUCUUGCGUCCCAGUCCUGCCAUUCCAGAUCCAUCCGAAGAUUCUUCCAUCUUAUGUUUUAGACACGCGAUGGAGCUCUUGGAGAGCUUCAGGGAGCUGUAUAAGCAUGACUCCCUGCAGUACAGCCGGCUGGUUGUUCAUUCAAUUUUUCUGGGCACACUUGUGGUGCUUCACAGCAUUUGGAAGCUGCCGGAUAUUUCUACAAACAUACAAAUAGAUGAGCUCUCAAAAAAUAUAACCACCGCCCUCAAUAUCCUGAGCAGUAUCGGCGAAUAUUGGCUUGAAGCCCAGAGAGCUAGGGACUGCAUUGAUGACAUCUCAGGUGUGACUAUGAGGCGACUUUUGAAGAGUCAAGGUUCAGUGGAGUCAGCGCCUACUCAUCGGCUUCGUUCAAGAGUACGAGCUACGAAUCAUAUGCAACAAAGUUCUAGUAUCUCUUCCCAAUUGCCUUUGGGACAAGACGCAACAAACCAGCAACAGGAGCUCAUAGACUUGGAUACAAACCCAACCGGCUUUGGUGAUUUCAACGUAGGGUUUCCGGAAGCUACACUUGAUCAAUCGGACUCAUUACAACUGCUUGGAGACCCCGCAUUCGAGGAGUCUUUUGGAUUGACUGGUGUACCAGAUUUUGAUGGCCUCAUGUGGGAGCUUUUCAACCUUUCGUAA